AUGGACAGAGAAGGCUGCCAGUGCGAAUGUUUGAAGAUCCCGGGGGUUUGCUUCGACCCCUCCGAUGAAGAACUUGUUACGUACUACCUGACAGAAAAGAUCGAGGGAAGGCCACUCCAGUGCAAUCAUCUAAUGACAGAGUUGCAGAUUUACGACGAUGAUCUGAUGCCGUGGGAGGUUCUCAAAGAUGAUAAUCCUUACUGGAUGACAUCUUCUUCUGAUUCGUUGAACAAAACUAAGAAGACUAUCUAUGUGUUUACGGAGUUGAGAAAGAAGAAGAGCCGUGUGAUAAGGAGAAGUGGCCGCGGUUCAUGGACGGGUCAGAAUAAUCCUGUCGUGAAGGACAAGGCAGGUAAGAAGAUCGGAUACAAUAAACUCUUAACGUUUUAUGAAGAUAGUGAUGACAAGAAGGGCAAGAAGGGGAAGAAGAAGAUUAAUAAUGAUAGCGAUCAUGGUCACUGGAUCAUGCACGAGUAUUCGCUUUUUGGAAACGACAAGUUUGUACUGUGUAAGAUUGUCAAGGAAGUCAGGAUCGGUGCAAAAGCUUUGGUACCGGAUAUGAUUUGUGGAAAGAAUGGACAGACGGCUGGAGCAUGCACGGGUUCGGAUGGGGCAGCUAAUGACUCUUGUGGUGGGGUUUAUGAAAUUCAGGAUUUCAUGACAGCAGACGGUCCUCGUGUUGAAGCAGUAAAGGCUAACAAUAAAGCAGAUGAUGAUGACAUGGAAGGCAACAAAGAAAAUCUAGAUGACUUGUGGAAUUUGCAACUAGAUCAUGAUGUUUCACCAACAGACACAGCUUGGGUAGAUGAUUUGUUUGAGUUAUGGCCGGUUGAAGAUCAAGGCCAAGAGCACGAGGUAGCGAAUAUGAUUUGUGGAAAGAAUGGACAGACAGAUGGAGCAUGCACGGGUUCGGAUGGGGUAGAUAAUGACUCUUCUAGUGGUGUUCAUGAAAUUCAGGACUUCAUAACAGCAGACGCUCCUUGUAUUGAAGCGGUAAAGGCUAACAAUAAAGCAGAUGAUAACAUAGAAGGCAACCAACAAAUUCUAGAUGACUUCUGGAAUUUGGGACUAGAUCUUGAUGUUUCAGCAACAGACAGAGCUUGGGAAGGGUUAGAUGAUUUGAUUUUGGACUUUUCUUCUCCAGAUUUGUCCGACUUAUGGCCGGUUGAAGAAAGCCAAGGGCAGGCUGGUCCCUAG